CAUGCCGGGUGUCUGACUCUGGCUGAACUUUUUGGAAAGUUUGUCUGAAAUGGAACCUGUUGGCUGUGUCCUUCAUAUCAAAUUCCCUCUUUCCUCUGAGCUGCUUUUUGUUGUUGUUGUCCUGGUGCAUUUUCCAGCAAAGUUCACAGUGAUUGGACCCCGUGAUCCUGUCACUGCCAUCCUGGGUCAGGAAACUGUGUUACCCUGUCACCUGUCCCCCCGGAUGAGUGCUGCAAACAUGGAGGUGAGAUGGUUCCGAUCUCAGUUUGUAUCCUUUGUGCACCUGUAUCGUGAUGGGAAGGAUCAGUAUGAUGGGCAGAUGCCAGAGUAUCAGGGAAGGACAGAGCUUUUGAAAGCUGGACUCAAAGAUGGAAAUGUACAUUUGAGGAUUCUCAAUAUCAGACGCUCUGAUGAAGGACAAUACGUCUGUUUUGUUCAAGACGAUACUUUCUAUGAAGAAACAGCAUUGGAACUGCGAGUAGCAGGUCUGGGCUCUGCUCCUCUCAUCUCUGUGGAGGGUCACCAGGAUGGAGGGAUCCGGGUGGUUUGUCGAUCAGCUGGUUGGUACCCAAAGCCUGAGGUGCUGUGGAAAGAUCUCAAUGGACGACAUUUACCAUCACUCUAUGAAACAACAUCCAGAGUGGAUAACAACCUGUUUGAAACAGAAUCUGCUAUCAUUGUAACAGAACAUUCAAACCAAAACUUGUCCUGUUGCAUCAGGAACACCGUUCUCAAUCAAGAAAAGGAAUCAGCAAUUUAUAUAGCAGAUCCAUUUUUCCCGAGGGUGAAUUCCUGGAUGGUGGCUCUAAGCGUGAUCUUGGUGGUUUUGUUUGGUUUCAUUGGCCUCACUGUUUAUCUCUUUAAAAUAAAAGGUAAAUAUCAGAGGGAGAAAUAUACGAGACAGACAGAGCUUGAACAGUGGGGUUCACUACAGAAUCUGGCAAAUGUGACUCUGGAUCCAGACACGGCUCAUCCCAAACUCGUCCUGUCUGAGGAUCGGAAAAGUGUGAGAUGGGGAGACACAUGGCAGCGACUGCCCAACAAACCUGAGAGAUUUGACACUGAGCCCUGUGUGCUGGGCUGUGAGGGAUUCACCUUGGGGAGACAUUGCUGGGAGGUGCAGGUCGGGGAUGGGCGAUUCUGGGCUGUGGGGGUGGCCACAGAGUCCUUGGGGAGGAAGGGAAGGAUCAGCCGUAGCCUUGAGGGCGGGAUCUGGGCUGUGCAGCGGUGGGGGGAUCAGUUCCAGGCUCUCACCUCCCCUGCGACGCCCCUGCCCCUGAGCCGGGUCCCCAGCAGGAUACAGGUUUUUCUGGACUGUGACCGGGGGCAGGUGACAUUUAUCGAUGCUGGUGACGAGGCCCCAAUUUUCACUUUCCCGCCGGGCUCCAUCCCUGGGGAGAGAAUCCAACCCUGGCUCCAGGUGGGGUGGGGAUCCUUGCUCAGACUGUAUCCCUGA